ACGACUGUUGAUGGCGCUACUCUCUGGGGUAGAGAGGAUGCAUGCACCUGCAUAGUCGAUUGGGCCUCACCUCUGUUGGUCCUUUCUAGUGUUUGGAUUUACUAGGAGCCAUUUUGUGAUUUUUUUUUUAGUAAGGAAGAUGAACGAAAAAUAGCACUAGUAUCUAGUGCAAGAAAAAAGGGAACUGGACUCUUGUAGAGGUAGGUGUGACAGGCCAUUGCAUCUUUCUCUUCCCCCACCCCGCCCCCCUCCCCCUUUCAUUGUCGAUCGCUAAAGGCACUGGUUGCCUGCUGUGCCGGGGUAGAGCCGAUUUUCAAAUCAGUGCCGAACCCAGACUAUGGUGAAUUAUGAAUGUGCCACAUCAUGAAUCUCUUGUGGCAGCUAACUGUGCAUCACACCUGGAAUGCUGCCCUGGUUCUUCUCGUCUACCUCACGGUACGGAUGUGGAGUGUGUGCGAAGCGUCAAACAGAGAACAGAGUUGUCCAGUUAUCUGCUCCUGCAGUAAUCACUUCAGCAAAGUCGUCUGCACUCGCCGUGGUCUCAAAGAGGUCCCCCAAGGGAUCCCUUCUAAUACCCGGUACCUCAACCUUAUGGAGAACAAUAUCCAGCUCAUUAAGGCAGACACAUUCCGACACCUAUACCACAUGGAGGUCUUGCAACUCGGCCGGAAUUCCAUCCGGCAAAUAGAGGUUGGUGCAUUUAAUGGAUUGACUAGCCUUAACACACUGGAGUUGUUUGAGAACAGGCUGACUGUGAUACCAAGUGGCGCAUUUGAGUCAUUUUCAAAGCUGCGUGAAUUGUGGCUCAGGAACAACCCAAUUGAAAGCAUUCCAUCAUACGCUUUUAACAGGGUGCCAUCACUGCUGCGCCUGGACCUGGGGGAGCUUAGAAAAUUAGAGUACAUCCUGGAUGGUGCUUUUGAGGGCUUAAUUAACUUAAAAUACCUUAACUUGGGGAUGUGUAAUCUGAGGGAUAUGCCAAAUCUCUCACCACUGGUGAGGCUGGAGGAAUUGGAAAUGUCUAGCAAUCACUUCCCAGCAAUUAAACCAGGAUCAUUUCAGGGGCUAAAAUCACUAAAAAAGCUCUGGCUUAUGAACUCGCAAGUAAAUCUGAUUGAACGAAAUGCCUUUGAUGACCUCACUGCAUUGGUGGAGCUAAAUCUGGCCCAUAACAACCUUACUUCGCUGCCACAUGAUCUGUUUGCACCACUGAAGUACCUUGUGGAGUUGCAUCUACAUCAUAAUCCAUGGAAUUGCGACUGCGAUAUCCUCUGGCUUGCCUGGUGGCUGAGGGAGUACAUCCCCACAAACUCUACUUGCUGUGGCCGGUGCCAUUCCCCACCUCACAUGAGGGGGAGAUACUUAACUGAAGUGGACAAGGCCACUUUACAGUGCUCACGACCAGUCAUUCUGGAACCACCGCAAAAUCUAAACAUUUCUGAAGGGAGAACAGCCAAAUUGAAAUGUCGAACAUCUUCCAUGUCAUCUGUCAGGUGGUUAUUACCAAACAACACAGUAUUGAGUCAUGGUUCGACACAUCCCCGUAUAUCUGUAUUUAACAAUGGAACUCUAUACUUCUUGCAUGUUUUAAUAACAGAUGCUGGUACCUACAAAUGUAUGGUCACUAAUGUGGAAGGAAAUGCUGAUGCCUCAGCCUUCCUGAGAGUAAGCAUGGCAGAGAUCAACACAUCAAAUUACACCUACUUUUCAACAGUGACCGUAGAAACGACACCGGACACCGUCAGGACUAAAGUACCACCAUUUCUGUCGACCCCACCCACUUACAAGCCAGCAUUCAUCUCCACUCCCACAGUGCUGUUACAGAGUACAAGAAAUCCCAAAACAGUGGCUGUGAUCCCCACGUUGGCCACCAUGGACACGACCCGCACCAGCCUGGACGAGGUUAUGAAAACCACGAAAAUCAUCAUCGGCUGUUUUGUGGCAGUGACGCUGCUGGCAGCCGCUAUGCUCAUAGUGUUUUACAAACUCCGCAAACGGCAUCAACAACGGAGCACGGUGGCAGCAGCCAGGACUAUAGAGAUCAUUAAUGUGGGUGAGGACAUCACACCAUCAGAAGGAGCAGUCGUAGUGCCCUCAGUCCAUGACCACAUGAACUAUAACACGUACAAACCAGCACACGGGGCUCACUGGACAGAGAACAGCCUGGGUAACUCACUCCACACUACAAUACCUGAGCCCUUUAUUAUACAAACACAUACCAAGGAGAAAGUUCAGGAGACUCAGAUCUGA